GAUGGAUGUUUGGGUUGCUUCCACCUUUUGGCUACUGUGACUCACAUUUCUCUCUUUUUAUUUUUCCCAUGAGAAGCUCUUUACAGCAUUCAGCUGUCUGUAUACUUCUAGUUUGGCUGCAUGGAUGGCAAGAGCUGUGUGUGUGGUUGGGGCAGUGGGGUGGUGAGAGAUGCAGAAAAGUGGAGUUUGCAGGUUUCCCAGAACUCUCUGCCAGAGAGAGGCUUUCCACCAUCUGCCCCAGAGCCAUCUGCUGCUAGGAAGCAGGAGCUGGCCAACAGCCCAGAUGUGACCCUCCCAGACCAGCCGCUGUCCCCUCCUCUCACUGCGCCCCCCACCAUGAAGUCUGCGGAGUUCUUCGAGAUGCUGGAGAAAAUGCAGGGGAUCAAGCUUGAAGAGCAGAGGCCGGGACCCCAGAAGAACAAGGAUGACUAUAUUCCGUACCCCAGCAUUGAUGAGGUUGUGGAGAAGGGGGGUCCCUACCCUCUGAUCAUCCUGCCCCAGUUUGGCGGCUAUUGGAUCGAGGACCCAGAGAACGUGGGCACACCGACAUCACUGGGCAGCAGCGUGUGCGAGGAGGAGGAAGAGGACGGGUUCAGCCCCAACACAUUUGGCUAUAAGCUUGAGUGCAAGGGCGAGGCCAGAGCCUACCGCAGGCACUUCUUGGGGAAGGAUCAUCUAAACUUUUACUGUACUGGCAGCAGCCUGGGAAACUUGAUCCUGUCCAUCAAGUGUGAGGAAGCAGAGGGGAUUGAGUACCUUCGGAUCAUUCUCAGGUCCAAACUGAAGACAGUGCAUGAGCGGAUCCCCUUGGCUGGACUUAGCAAGUUGCCCAGCGUCCCUCAGAUUGCCAAGGCCUUCUGUGAUGACGCUGUGGGGCUGAAAUUCAACCCUGUCCUGUACCCCAAGGCCUCCCAAAUGAUUGUGUCCUAUGAUGAGCAUGACGUCAACAACACAUUCAAAUUUGGGGUCAUUUAUCAGAAAGCCAGGCAGACCCUAGAGGAGGAGCUAUUUUGGAACAAUGAGGAGAGCCCAGCUUUCAAGGAGUUCUUGGACCUACUGGGGGACACAAUCACACUGCAGGACUUUAAAGGUUUCCGAGGAGGCCUGGAUGUAACCCAUGGACAGACCGGGGUGGAGUCAGUGUACACGACAUUUCGGGACCGGGAGAUCAUGUUUCACGUCUCCACAAAGCUGCCCUUCACUGAGGGCGAUGCCCAGCAGCUACAGCGAAAGAGACACAUUGGGAAUGACAUUGUGGCCAUCAUCUUCCAAGAAGAAAACACUCCAUUUGUCCCAGAUAUGAUCGCCUCCAAUUUCUUACAUGCCUACAUAGUUGUACAGGUUGAGAGCCCAGGCGCAGAGAUUCCAUCCUACAAGGUCUCUGUCACUGCGAGAGAAGAUGUGCCUGCUUUUGGUCCCCCUCUGCCCAACCCCCCUGUUUUCCAGAAGGGCCCGGAGUUCAGGGAGUUCCUGCUCACCAAACUCACCAAUGCGGAGAACGCUUGCUGCAAGUCAGACAAGUUUGCCAAGCUGGAGGACCGGACCAGGGCCGCCCUCUUGGACAACCUUCAUGAUGACCUGCACACGCACACACAGGCCAUGCUAGGACUGGGUCCUGAGGAGGACAAGUUUGAGAAUGGGGGCCAUGGGGGCUUCCUGGAGUCUUUUAAGAGGGCCAUCCGUGUGCGCAGCCACUCCAUGGAGACUGUGGUGGGCAGUCAGAGGAAGCUGCACAGCGGAGGCAUCCCUGGCAGCCUCAGUGGGGGCAUCGUUCACAACAGCAUGGAAGUCACCAAAACUACCUUCUCGCCUCCAGUGGCAGUAGCGACAGUGAAGAACCAGUCUCGGAGCCCCAUCAAGCGGCGGUCGGGCCUCUUCCCUCGCCUGCACACAGGCUCUGAAGGCCAGGGGGACAGCCGGACACGAUGUGACAGUGCAUCCAGCACCCCCAAGACCCCGGAUGGCGCACACUCCUCUCAGGAGAUAAAGUCUGAAACCUCAUCUAAUCCCAGCUCUCCAGAAAUCUGCCCCAACAAAGAGAAGCCCUUCAUAAAGUUGAAGGAGAACGGCCGGGCCAACAUCUCCCGCUCCUCCUCCAGCACCAGCAGCUUCAGCAGCACUGCAGGGGAGGGUGAAGCCAUGGAGGAGUGUGACAGUGGGAGCAGCCAGCCGUCCACAACCUCACCUUUCAAGCAGGAUGUGUUUUUCUACAGCCAGUCCUCGAGCAGCGAGAGCCCUGGCCUGGGGGCAGCCGCCACCCCCAUCAUCAUGAGUCGGAGUCCCACAGAUGCCAAAAGCAGAAAUUCCCCGAGAUCAAACCUGAAAUUCCGCUUUGAUAAGCUCAGCCACGCCAGCUCCAGUGGGGGUCACUAAUGUGAGUGAAGAAUUCUUCUGCUGUCCAAGGUGAGGGAAGCCCUGAUUCUGUCCUGCAGAAGGCUCCUAUUCCAGCAGUUUGGGGGUGCCGUCCACUACUCUGAUCGUCACAGGCCCACCAGACCAGCUGUCUGUCCUGUGUCCUGACCUGGUCACAGUCUUGCUGGGUCCUUCGCCAACACACCUUCAUCUCUGGACAAGACCUUUUCUUGGAGGCUCUCCUGCUCCUGACCUCCCAGUGUGGUGUCUGUCUGGAUCAUUUGCCCACUUGUUUGUCUGUAGGAAAGACAGUUGGGGAAGGGGGCUCUUGGUACUUGGGCUUAGCCAGAGAUGUGGAAGCUCAUCUGCUCCAGAGGCAGAGAGAGUGCUGGGUGGGGAGCAGAGGUAAAAGCAGAAUAUAAAGUGGGCCCAUUUGUCCUUGAUCACAGUGCAGUGCCCUCCCGGGCAUGGUAGGAAGGAGCUUUACUACCAUCCAUGCGUGGAGUAGAGGUGCAGGGGUUGCUUCCCCAGAGCCAAAAUUUGUAGCAUCCUCGAGGCUGUCCUGAUAAAGACAGCUCCUUUGUUCCUGUUUCUCUGGAGCUCCAAAAACAAAUCUCCCUGCUCUGUGUUAAGUACUAUAGACCCAUCAGUUGGCACAGGCCAGGGCUGCUGCAUUCCCACUGUCAGUGCACCUUGAGCCAGGCUCUUGCAGGUGGAAGCUCCAAGACAGACCUGGAUGUGUCUGGGACCAUUGCUGCAUACUUCCUUGACUGUAGCUGCAACUUUUUUCUUGUUUAAUUUCAUGCAGGUUCUGAUUAUCCUAGCUGUGGAAGAAGCCCCAAGCAAUCACUCCCCUUUGAGCAGAUAUUUUUCCCCAUGAAGGAGUGGGAAGCCAGGAGUGAGAAGGAAUUCAGGGAGAAUGAACAAGCCAGUGCUGGGGGAUCACUGGUCAAUAACCUCAGGGCCCAAGGGCUCAGCAGGAGUCUGUGGGAUCCAGAUCUCUGAUGCUUGUAGAGGUUCAGGGAAGACUUAAAUGGUUAUUUAAACCACCCAUUUAUAAGAGAGGGAAAAGGGUAGAAGGGGGAUGACUUGGCAGGUUCUGGUCAGGCCGGUGUGUAGGGGUUGAACUUAGGCAUGUGUGGAGGAACACACUGUCCCUCAGCAAUCAUGCCCCUGCCCUUUGCUGGGGAGUGGGCAGUGCUGCCUGAAGUUCCACUUCUGGCUUCUGUGCCCAUUGACUGUGUCUGGGGCGUGAUCCCCUGGUCCUUCUCUUCCCUGUUCAAUUGCAGGUCUGUAGGUGGUUGUUGCAUCGGUAGGAUUUCUGCAGGCAGGGCCCCAUCUGGCCGUGUGGUUCAGACACUGCAUGCCGCCCCUCACCAGCGCCACCUUCUCUGGGAUGAUGAGCCAGCUUGUCCCGGGGAACAGCCCUGCUGGCUCCUCGCCUGUCCAAGUCUGCAGGGCGUUUCUGCUGCUGGCUUUAGAGUGGGGUGUCUGCCAAGUGAAACACAGAGUUUUAACAGAUCUUUGGAGGUUUUGCAGCCUCAAGUGCAUAUGUGCCUUUGGGGCAGGGCUGCUGGGGUGACACAAGCUGGGCUCCCUGCUUUAAUGAACAGAUGACAAGAUUUCCAGUCAAGUGCUUUAUCUGUAUUAGGGAUCUGGACUAGCAAGCCAAAGCUUAGAAAUGGGACACAUUUUUUUGAACUGACAUUGUAACUGUUUCUCCAUUGCUUUUGCCAUUAAGACAAACUUGAUAUUUGUGUUUCCUGUUCACCUAUUCGAUCCUCCUUACAGCCCAGAGGGCACCCCGCCCCUCACCCUAUUUGAGAAAUGUGCUUACAUACAAUACUAGUUUGGUAAGAUUUAUCUAGUUAGAAGGUCAACAAAAUAUCUGUUUAGCUUUUAUGAAAAGUCAGUGUAGCAGCACCCAUUGCUGGACUGAGGCCUGUGGAUUCUGGCAGGGUUUUGUUGGCUGGGUUUCUGAAGGAACUUGAAAGGUCAAACUGUGAAAACUCUUACAGGGUUCUGGCUCACCUCUCUAAGUAGCCAGUAUUUAGAGAUGCCUGAUGAGUGUGCUGUGAUGCAUUAUGGUCUGGAGUCCUCUGGGCUUUCCAAGUUGUUCUCAUGCUGUCAUACUGGGGAACCUCAUAUUUUCCUGUCACCACUGCUCUGGCUGCUCCCUUUGCAGUCCCCACCUCCCGGUAGUGCCUCUAGGCCAGUGGGCAGGAUGGCAGGGUGUGUGCAGGGGAACCGGGAGGCACAAGUCUGCCCUCACAGAGGCCCAGACCUGGGAUGUGGUCUCCUCUCUCACUGUACUGUUGAGGUGCUCAGGGCAGGAUCAGAUAUGCCCCUUCCCCCUGGGCCACGCCUCGCCUAUGGUUUCCGGUGUGUGUACUAGCAGCCUGCCUGAGGUCCCCAUGCUGAGAGGGAGGAGAACGAGGAUGGGGUCCUUUUUCCCUUCACUCUUCUGGGCUGUGGGCAGCGUCUCCUGUUCCUGGAGGGCUUCUGCCCCCACAGUCUGAUCCAAAAUAUCUUUCCCUUUAUUGCUGCACUUAGUCAUGGGGCUCAGGCCUGCGUAGAUGGUGCUCACUCUGGUAUUUGGGGCAUUUCCAAUGUGACCUUCAUGAGGGGUUCACAUCUCUGCCCCUGAGGCCACCCGACUCACUGCAGAAACUAUCCUUUCCAGGUGCCACGGGGCACCCAGAUGCCUCCCGCUCCACUGAUGUUUAAAAGCAGAUGCAGAAAAGCUUGAGAUGGAAGGUCUGAGCCAGAGUUCCUGUCUGUGGUAAUGAACGUCAAACAGUGUUUCCUGGAACAUACUCAGCUUCGUAGGCAUCACUUUGAUGCCCAGCCCUUCUGGCUCAUUUCAGCGUCUCCUCCAGCCGUGUUGUUGUCUAGAUGAGAAACCUUAGCUCCAGGGAGAGAAAAGAACUUGCUUGAGGUCACACAGCUAGCUAGUGGCAAAGCUAAGACUGGAGCCCACAACCCAAGGCCCUUUCCUGUGCACCAGCUACAUAGCUGGUAGAGCAAGUGGCUGCAUUUCCUGGGCCAGGGUCCCUCCCUCAUUGGCUGGGGCCUUGGCUCCAGCGGGGAGAGGUCAGCAGUGGAAGUGUGCUGAUGGGACCUCAGUCUCUGCUGCUUUCCAUGGAGGGCUCUUUUAGAUUGGUCACCAAGGGUCCUGGAUUUAGGGUGCAGCUUGAGCAAAGAAAACAGGGAGGGAAAGAGAUUCCUGACAAACUGGUCCUUAGUUCUUCAGAGGCAGAGGCCAGGGCAAAGGUGCAGUCAGCCACUCUUGGUUUCCUUGCACUAAAUCAUGAUGGAAGGAAAAAGGAAACUAUUCAUUUCUCCCUCGCUCCCACCCCCUGUGGUGCUGGGGAUGGAACUCAGGGCCUCAUGCACGCUGGACAAGGGCUGUACUACUGAGCUACACCUCAGCCUCUUCCUGAUACUUAAAUGAAGGUGGUUAAUUAAGGUGGGGCAUAGCCUAUUUCCCUUUCCUUACCCUGACCCAUGAAGGUGCCAGCUCAAACACUACCUUUUCAAUGUAUCUUAGUAGAGACCAGUCUGUUGUUGGGGAGUAGUUGGGGGAUUCAAGUAGAUCUUAUGGCUCCAGGGGCCAGCAGGGACCAGGCCAGUCUACCACACAGAACCUCAUGGCUCCUUCUCCAGCCUCCAGCUACCACCUUAUCAAAGGCAAGGGCUGGUCCCUGAAGUUUGCCGUGCUGUUCCUGCAAUCUGGUGAGGGGCAGUGAGGGGCGUUUUUCUUCCAAGCCCUGGAAUCUGUUUUUCCAUUAGUCCCUUUCCCUCCCCAGCUCACACCCCUCUCCUUUCAGAGGGGCCAAGCGCCCCCUGGAAAGAAGACAAUCCCCUAGGGUGAAGGGCAGUGGAGCCCUGUCUGGUGAGAGGCUAGCAGGCAGUGCUCUGUACUUUGCCUUACCAGCUCUGGGGAGAGGGUGUUUGCUUGGCAGAUUGGAAUUUAAUUGCCAUCGUCUUUGAUUUUGUGACAUUUCUGCUUGGAAGGGUGAAACUCUCCUUCCCACUCCCUAGCAUGUGUGCCAACUCUCCCUUGUCGUGGGUGUUACCCUCUUAACACUCCAGCUCAGGGAGUGCUGACAUCUCUGUGUGAAGAGAUUCUUGUGUGGUAGAACCUAAGAAGUGUAGCUUGGAAGUGAUCCCUGUGACGAUGACUUUUCCUUCUUUCCUCUUAGUGAGGAGGUGAAUUGUAGACCCUGACUGCCUAUGUAAUGUAAAUAGUGUACAUUUAAUUUAUUGCUAUGGUAGCAUAUUGUAUUUGUUAAUGUAUAAAACAAAUUCUAAAAGGUUGACAAAUGUAUAUUUUGUUGCUUAAAUGUGUCUUUGCAGAAAUUGACAUUAAAUAACAUAUUUUGUGUCCA